UAACGCAGUGUCAUUCAUUUCUCAACUCCUGCCACCGACGGUCGUAAGUUUCUGCGCAUUGCGCAAGUCAAUCAACAAAAAAAAGUCGUCCACGCGGCGUUCGCUAGUUUGUCCGUGUUGUGAGUAUUGGAAAAUUUCUUUUUUGUUCACGCUAUUCGUUUAAAACCUGCGCACAGUGAUUUCGUCGUUCAUUGUCAUUGCAAAAAGUUUGUGUGACAUCUUAGAAAAGUGUGUCUAUAAAAUCUGGUUCGGGUAGUGAAACGCUGAACGGAAGUAGGCAGACAUUCGGUGUUUUGCAUUGCUUCAGUGUUUUGAAAUAGAGCCAACCAGUGUUCAAGUUCGUGACAUUUUUGAGAAAGUUUUUUGCAUCUUUUGCAUACUAAAACGGAUAACCUGGCGACCUUAUACCUACGUCGAAGGUGGCAAUUACUGAUCAUCGUUUGAACCACGCCGCAGCUGACCGGAUACUCGACGACGGCGCCUACCCAGCAUCCAGCCUUCAAUGGGUUGACACGCGCUCCGGCGGUUGUUCCUAGCGACGGGGAAUAAAACACAGUUUGUUCGUGCCAACCACAGUGCAUACGGUCAAUUCGCAAUUCGAUCCUCCAACGGCAACGCCUGGCCGGCCGUCGCUUGCGUCUAAACAACACGGUUUUGCGAGAAAGUGAAUGGGUUAUUUUCCGGAGGGAACAACUCUACUUACCGAGUACGUAGCCAGCGUGAUCUCACCUACGUGCCUCCUCAUAUGUGAUUGCUGUGCAGCAACCUCCAGCUGUGAUUCCAUUUUGCACACUUGCGCUUGUCCUAGGCUCGAAACUGACUCCGACAAAAGUGUCAUCCUGGUUCCAUCGAAGCCAUCCCGUACCUACCCGCCGUCGUUGCCAAUAGCCGCCGGUAUUUGCUUGCUCCGCAUCCAGACCUGGCAUUCGAGAACCGCUUUCCAAUGAGAGUUGCCGAAGCGAGCUUUGGUUCGUACAAAUUGGCGUCCAAGGCAGCCCAGAGCGUCGUCCUCACCAGCGGUUGUGUGGCGACCGGUCAGCUUGGAUUGACCCUACAAUUUUGCUAUUUCUAUUUCGAAAUCUCCACCAUUCUACUACACCUGUUCAUUGGAUUGGCCCUUGUGAUUGCCGAUCUCAACUAUCGCCAGGCUUAGCUCCCGCAAACUGCCAGAGGGUGGUACCGGCAGCGUAGCGUCUGAACCAACUCAGUGUACAUCAGCGGCUUAGUUCAAAUAGUAAUCCUCCGUCCUUUCAAAUUUAAGUAAUAGUGCCAAGUGCGAAGUGUCUGUCUGCGCGUGUGUGUGUGAUUCGCAAUACAGUGUAGCUCAAUUAGCUUUAAUACAAGUACCAAACGGCAAGCACCUUAUUGUGUUCAUCAGUUAAGUUCCACCGAAAAUAGGAAUCAUGCUUAAAGUAGUCGGAGCUUCCUUGUACAGGACGCGGAUAAGCACCUACAUCUUGGGAGGUGCAUUCCUGCUCGCGUUCGGUGCCUUCUUCGUUGCUGACAUGGAGAGACCCGUCUAUUCCGGCACGUACUGCGCGACAGCCUACUGGGCCCGCAACUCGGGCUUCCGGGUUGAGUUUUGGGGUCAGCGGAAUGAUCUCGAAACGGUACCGCUCGGGGCCGUUCGUGCCUGCUUCCGGAACAGCGUGAUGGAGAGUGGCUGGUCCCACUUGGAGGUGGAAUCGCAGCCCGAAUUUCCGGACGAAAUACAAGCGUUUGCCGCCGGUAUGCUAGAGGGAGCGCUCAGCUGGCAUAACAUUUAUCUGCACUGGUCGAAUACCAUCUCUGCCGAGUGCACCCGCGAUGAUCAAUCGGAGGAAUUUUGCGAUUGGUUGCGACGAAUUCUAACUACCAACAUGGAAACCGUCAGAAAGAUGGCCGACAUGAAGGGAAAGCAUGACCAUUAUUGGUACCAGAUUGGACUGUUUUAUGACCAGCUGGAUGGGCUAGAGUUUGGAUUCCGUAAGGGUGUACGACGAUCUCGUCUGGAGUACGAGAUCCCGAUGGAGGAUUUCCUGUUGAUGAACAGCGUUGUAGACAUCCGUGAUCUGAAGGCAUACUAUAUGAACUUUUUGGAUGGCGAAAGCGGAAUGGAGUUGGAACCGAACAAAGGAAUGAUGUUGUUGAAAAUUCUCGAGAACAGCAACGGACUGGUAAAGAUUCUGCUGGGCCAUACCAGUGAUGGCAGUUACGCUUCGAUGUCGAGAGUGAUGAAAAAGUAUACAUUGAACUAUCAUUUCUCCGCGGACGCCUCGGUUGAUCGAGUAGUUCCUGGAUCGAAUAUCGUAUUCACUGGUUAUCCAGCCGCUCUAGCCUCGCUGGACGAUUUCUACAUGCUCUCUGGUAAAAGGCACAAAAUGGUAGCAGCCGGAGUUAAAAUAGAGUACGAUAAUUUGAAUUUGUGGACCAAAAUCGAUCUAGUUCGGGCGGUCUCGUUGGCACCAAGAGUAAUGGCAGCUAACCGGUUAGCUCAUAGUGGCCGCGUUUGGGCAAAGUAUUUUGCACGAAGUCCUUCCACCGGAGCCAAGCAGUGGCUGGUUGUUGAUACGAAGCGUCUGAAUAGUGGUGCAAACGUUUCCGAUGAUUCUGCAGAAACGGAAGAAAAUCUAAUGAGCCAGAUUGAAACGUUGGAAUAUGACGGACAGCGCACCGAAACAAAGCACAUGGAUGACUAUGUAGACGUUGAUUUGGAGGAACGUUUCCGGAAAGUGACAUCGAUUAGCAAGAUCAGCGACGGAGGUUUGUUUUGGGUUGUAGAUCAGCUGCCGGGACGACUGCAUGCGGAAGAUAUGACCGAGAAAAUUUUAGAGGAUGGCUACUGGCUGGGUGAUGGUGUGCCAGUCUUUAAGGAACUGAUUGAAAUAGGUCACGUGAAAACUAACAGUACCAAUUCGCAACAUUCCACGCAAGAGAAAAUCAUCAACAACAUUACCAACAUGGACGAGUUGGCCAAAUUCAUCCAACAGAGUGCCUACCGGGGCGAUCUGGACCCGCAUAACCCGACCGCCUUUGGAAACAUCGACAUGAAGUUGUUGAGCAAAUCCAACGCCAGCAACAGUACGGCCACACUCCAAGCCUACUCUGGUCCACUGUUCGAUCCCAUCAGCGAUAGCCAAGCGGUAAAGCGAAGUGUUCAAACGGGACAAAACAGCAUUCAGGAGGAGGAAACGCCUAAGCUGUUUCGUUCAAUGGCGGCGAAAAUUAGACGCAUCAAACCGUUCGACUGGAGUUCGGUGGAUGAUCUGGAAGUUCGUCACCAGGGACAACCGACUGUUUGGGACUUCCCCCGUGAGUCCCCGCACUGGGCAUGGAACUAAUGGCGGGUACCUUGUAGUCUAGUACUUUCAAAUAUUGUGCCUUAAAAACUUAGUGAACCGUUUUGUUUUCGACAAUUUACUACGAAACAUAUUUUAACGCAUAGUCAAUCAAGCUGCAAUUUUUUAUGACGAUUGCGAAAUAAAAAUAGCAAAAUGUUUUACAUUCUCCA